AUGACGCUUCAAAGCCAGCUGUCAACGCUGAAGAUCCCGACUGUAUCUAUAAACAGGGACCAGUUGAUGGAUGACAUACACUUUACCGCAAAAUUCGGUAUGGGCGAGAGAUGGGGCGAAUCACCCACUGAUAUUGGUAUGGCCCGCUUGGCGUUGAGUGAUUCCGAUAAACUUGUACGAGACUGGUUUAUCGAAACCGUCAAAUCGUUUGGCUGUAAGGUGCACGUGGACGAGAUGGGCAAUAUUUUUGCUAUUCGACCUGGCAAGAAGGAAGGCUUGCCCACCGUCAUGGGAUCUCACCUCGACACCCAACCAGCGGGUGGAAGAUACGAUGGCAUUCUCGGCGUCCUUGCCGGAGUUGCUGCUCUGAGAGCUCUCCAUGAGGGAGAAGUCGAAACUGAAUAUCCCGUGGGCGUUGUUGACUGGACCAAUGAAGAGGGUGCUAGAUUCCCACAAUGCAUGAUGGCUUCUGGAGUAUGGGCCGGAGUUACGGAUGUGGCCAAGGUCCAUCAGAUAGCUGAUAUCGACGAUGCCAAUGCUACUGUCAAAUCAGAACUGCAACGAAUUGGGUAUUUGGGAUCGACAAAGGCGCACUGGACAGCCACACCACUCGCAGCACAUUUCGAGUUACACAUCGAACAAGGACCGAUUCUAGAGGCUUCCCACCAGCGCAUCGGCGCCGUCCAGGGCGUUCAAGCAAGCAAGUGGUUUACCAUUACCGUGACAGGUCGCGAGAGCCACACGGGAGCAACCAACUUUGAGAACCGAUCCGAUGCCUUGCUAGCGAGUGCGAAAAUGAUUCUCCGAUCGCAUCAAGUCGCCACGCAGUUUUCCUCGCUCGCUUCCACCGGUCUAUUGAAUCUAAAGCCGGGAAGCACAAAUACUGUCCCUGGAGUUGUGACGUUCUCCCUGGACUUGCGCUCCAGUAACGACAAAAAUAUCGACCUGAUGGAGAAGAUGCUUCAGGAGGAUUUCGAAAAGAUCGCCAAAGACGAGGAGGUUGGUGCUAUAAACGCGGGCUGCACCCGUGGCCGUGGCUGUACAGUGUCGUGGCAAGUUGAUUCCGACGCCAAAGUCGCCAAGUUCGAUGAAGAGUGCAUCGAGUGUAUAGAAAAGGGAUCAGAGGCCUUGUUUGGACAGGCAGCUGCGUCGCUGACAAGAAGGAUGUACAGCGGUGCUGGACAUGACAGCGUACAUACCUCUACGAGAGUGCCCACAGCCAUGAUUUUCGUGCCGUGUCGGGAGGGUCUCACACAUAACCCCGCAGAAUACUGUACAGAGGAGGAUUGUGGGAAUGGAGCACAGGUUCUAUUGAAUGCUGUACUGCGAUAUGAUCAGUUAAGGUCGAUGAAGAUGAGCUCGUGA